AUGGGGAAACCGAUGAGGAUGGGGGUGCAGGAGAGGCGGCUGCUCUGGCCGAAGCGGGUUCACUGGAGUCGCCUCCUCUUCGUAUUAGGAACAUUGAUCAUCGUUUCCACCUACCAGCACUUCAGGAGCCCCCGGGGCCUCCCCUCACUGUGGGCAGCAGUGUCUUCCAAACACCCUAUAAAACUAGCCAGCCGGGACCUCCCCAACAAUGAGAUGAUGGUGAGCAGUGACCCUCCAAAAUCUAGCUUUGAAAUAGAGGGUGAGACACAGACACCCCAAGCCACAGUGGGCAGAGAUGGAACUACACCUGGCAUAACAAUGGAGCACACCCCCAGGACACCCAGAAGGACAACCAGCAUCACUCCAACAAUACCCAAGAACAACUACAGCCCAGCAACAACAAACACAGAAGGAGUGAAGGAAAACGCCCCAGCCACACCCAGUGGAGUACUGAGUCACUACAGCCCAACUGCAAGCAGACCAGUAGUAAAGAAUCACAGCCCAGCGACACCCAGGGGAGAAAUGAAGAGCUACCGCCCAACUCAAGCGAGGAGAAAGGUGAAGAAACACACCCCAUCCCCACCUGGUAGAGUGGUCAGCAGUUAUGCCCCACCCACACUCGUGACAAUGACAAGGAGCCAUGGGACCACCCCCAGAACAACAGUGAAAGACAAAGAAAUUAUGGCAACCAAUAAAAUACUGGAGACCAACCCCUCCAAGAGAAUAGUGGAGGAAACCACCCCAACUCCUCUUAAGGGAAUAACUGAUAACACUCCAACUUUCCUGAUAAAUGACAUCGAAACAGACACUUUGACUUCUCCAAGGAGUGUGAUGGAGAAGAACACCCAAACUACUUCCAGAAGAGUGGAUAACAAUAACCCAACAAGCCACCAGGGAUUAGUGGGAAAGAACAACCUGACAGCUCCCCAAGGAGUGGUCCUGGAGCACACCGCAGCCCUCUCUGAGGGGCAAGUGACAGUAAGCUCCAUGACGGGCAGCAGCCCAGCCAAAACCAAAGCCUCUACUGCUGCCUGGAAGGUUAGGAAUCCCUCGUCCAGAACUAGCACACCAACCAUCGGAAUAUCCUCAGCCACCGUCUGGGGGCUGGUGAAAGCUCCUUCCACAGCACCCAGCACCCCAGCAACUCCUAGGAUCAGGGCAUCUCCGACCACUCAGGUCCGUCACUGUGUGGUUGUGGGGCCAGCCCCAGCUGCGCCUACUGCCCCCUCCCCCCGUCUGACAACGGCUGUGAUCCCAGAGGUGGAUCCCAGCCCCAGUCCCUCAGUGCUGCCUCCUAGCCAGCCAGACCUCCACCCCAAGGCAGAGUACCCCCAAGACCUGUUCAGCGUGGAGGAGCGGAGGCAGGGCUGGGUGGUCCUGCACAUCUUUGGCAUGAUGUAUGUGUUUAUAGCCUUGGCCAUCGUGUGUGAUGAGUACUUUGUUCCAGCCCUGGGCGUCAUCACAGACAAGCUGCAGAUCUCUGAGGAUGUGGCAGGUGCCACAUUCAUGGCUGCUGGAGGCUCUGCCCCUGAGCUCUUCACCUCCCUCAUUGGCGUCUUCAUCUCUCAUAGCAACGUGGGCAUCGGCACCAUAGUGGGCUCUGCUGUGUUCAACAUCCUCUUUGUUAUUGGCACUUGUGCCCUCUUCUCACGGGAGAUCCUCAAUCUUACCUGGUGGCCCUUGUUCCGUGACAUCUCCUUCUACAUCUGUGACCUAAUGAUGCUCAUCCUCUUCUUCCUGGAUAGCCUCAUUGCCUGGUGGGAGAGCCUGCUGCUGCUGCUGGCCUAUGCCCUCUAUGUGCUCACCAUGAAGUGGAACAAACAGCUUGAGCUCUGGGUGAAGGAGCAACUCAACAAGAGGCCAGUGGCCAAGGUCAUGGCCCUAGGGGACCUCAGCAAGCCAGGCGAUGAGGCAGUUGUGGUGGAUGAGCAGGAGGAUAACAAGAAGCUGAAGCUCCCGUCAGUGCUGACCCGAGGGAGCAGCUCGGCCUCUCUGCACAACAGCACCAUCCGCAGCACCAUCUACCAGCUCAUGCUCCACAGCCUGGACCCUCUGGGGGAAGCCCAGUCCUCCAAGGACAAGGAGGAGGAGAGCUCGAAUCAGGAGGCCAAAGCCAAGCCUCAGGCCAAAGCAGAGAACAAACCAGAGGAGGAGCCAGCCAAGCUCCCUGCAGUCACGGUCACACCAGCGCCUGCUCCAGACGUCAAGGGAGACCAGGAGGAGGAUCCUGGCAGCCAGGUAGAUGCGGCUGGAGCUGAGAGCACAGGUGAAAGGACAGGUGAUGAGGCUGAAGCUCCUGAGGGUGAAAAUGGAGAGCAGAGUGGAGGUGAUGCUCGACUAGAAGGUGAAGGUGAAGUCGAAGCAGAAGGAAAAGAGGAGGAUGAAGGUGAAGCAGAAAGGAAAGGAGAUGACGAAGGAGAUGACGAAGGUGAAGUCCAAACAGGAGAAGAUGGUGAAAUGAAAGGUGAAACUGGAGAGCAGGAAUUCAAUGCUGAAUAUCAAGGUGGAGCUGAAGAGGAUGAGAAAGGUAUAAAUGGUGAAGAGGGAGGCAAUGGAGGUGACAGUGAAGACAAGGGGGAGGAGGAAGAGGAUGAGGAGGAUGAGGAGGAAGAGGAAGACGAGGAGGAAGAUGAGGAGGAGGAGGAGGAGGAGGAGGAAAAUGAGAAGCCUUUGUCACUGGAAUGGCCUAAGACCAGGCAGAAGCAGGCUAUUUACCUCUUUCUCCUGCCCAUUGUGUUCCCGCUGUGGCUGACGGUGCCCGACGUCCGGAGGCUGGAGGCUAGGAAGUUUUUUGUUAUCACCUUCCUGGGAUCCAUCGUGUGGAUAGCCAUGUUCUCAUACCUCAUGGUGUGGUGGGCUCACCAGGUUGGUGAAACAAUAGGGAUUUCUGAAGAGAUUAUGGGUCUGACAAUCCUAGCAGCAGGCACGUCAAUCCCUGACCUCAUCACCAGCGUGAUCGUCGCUCGGAAAGGCCUGGGAGACAUGGCUGUGUCCAGCUCUGUGGGCAGUAACAUAUUUGACAUCACCGUGGGCCUGCCCCUUCCGUGGAUGCUUUUCUCUCUUAUCAGUGGCCUGCAGCCUGUCCCAGUCAGCAGCAAUGGCUUGUUUUGUGCAAUUGUGUUGCUUUUUCUCAUGCUCCUGUUUGUGAUCUCCUCAAUCGCAUUAUGCAAAUGGAGGAUGAACAAGAUCCUGGGCUUCACCAUGUUCCUCCUGUACUUUGUAUUCCUCGUCAUCAGCGUGAUGUUAGAGGAUCGAAUCAUAUCCUGUCCUGUGUCUGUGUGA